CCUCGGCGAAAAACUUAACAUUAAGUUGAAUGUUUCCAUUGACACGCACAAUCCUGACCCGACGAAAGAAGAUUCCAAUCUCCUUGGGCAGGUGAGGCUGCCCGUAAGUACUUUGCCUGACCACAAUUUCAUCAUUCCGUGUAACGAUUUCCCCAUAUAUCUCACGCUUGACCUUCUUGAUCUCUCCCAUAUGUUCACAAAGGUAGGCGCGUGUUCGUGUUCGUGUGACAAAAUGUCUUAUUGUGAUUGGGCUGCUGUGGAAGUUGUAAACAGUCAGAGCAGCCGGUGGCUUGCAUCAAUACUGUUCAUCGGCGUAUCUCUUGUGGGAUCGUUUAUCCAAGCAUUUGGCAAUGCACAACUCAACAUGAUUGAGCGGUGGUUGUACGAAUGACUCGCCCACUGAGACAUUGUCGAAGAGAGGGACAACUAUCUUAGUCAUGAUUUCGAUAUUGUCCAGGUUGGCAAAGAAGUUCCAGCGCAGCCAGUACUAAAGAUCGAGGCGGAUUUUGAGCGUCAAUUCGGGACUUGCGUGUACGUUAAGGAUUGUUAGAGACGUUUUAAGAAAG